AUGGGGGUGGCCUUAGAACCUGGGUUCAGGACCUGCUUAAGAAAAAAACACAUUGCCACCGAUCACUAUCACCGUAACCUCUUGAGAAAAUAUCUCUCAGUCUGGUGCCUGUGGCUGCGGCAGGAGCAACACAGCCGAGAGCUGGAGCAAGAGCAGCACCAGACCAAAAGCAAGAUGGCCGCCUUCCUGGAGGCAGCAGCCUCUGGGAGGCUGUGGACCAAUAGGGGCGAAGAAGAGGGAGCUGGGGAUGCCAAGGCUGGACAGAAGGGGGCCUCUGAUAGGCCAGACUCGGUGGCACAGAAAGUGGACGAUCUGUUUGGAGAACCAACCCGACCUGGCCUCCCCAACACUUCAUCCCUCGGCACAGCACGUAGCGAUGCCUCUGCCACGUGUGAAUCGUCAAACACCAAGCACAGCUCGGCAGGUCCCGGGAAGCCCAAGUACGCCUGGCAGGUCACACGCAAACACGUGGACCUUCCGUUGGAGGAGAUGGUAAAAGUCGGUGAAGACGACAGCGAUGGACACCAGCCGAAUCGGAAUCAGAACAAUGCCGCUGAAAAAGUUAACACAAAAGCCAGUGUCCCAGGCAUGACACCCAAAAAGAACGUCAGCUACAAGACCAACUCAUUUGAGCACCGCUACGCCGCGCAGCAGCGCAUUCUGCAUGAGCAGCAGCAGCAACUACGCGAGCAGCAACGGCUGAUCCAGGACCUGCAGACAGCGCAGCGGCAACAGCUGCUACGGAUGCAGCUGGGAGGAGGGACGGCAGCAAGCAACAUUGCCGUGGAAUCAAGUGGACUUCCUGAAGGGCAACCAGAUAGUGGAAGAUCACAGCCUAGCGUUGGCACAGCGCCGUCCACUGCACGCUCAGAUCAGAGCGAUGCUAGUACAACUAGCACCAGCAGUAAGAAUAAACAACCGGCCAGGCCGCCUCUACUCAAAGGCAUGAAGGAGAGAGAAGCGACUCGGCUGAAGAUGAAAGCAGAGCGCGAGGAGCGUCAGCGUAAGAGAGAACAGGAAAAACUGGCAGAGAUCAAAGCUAAGGAGGAACGACAGAGGCAGGAGGAGGAAGACGAGAAGCGAGCCAAGAUGGAGAAGAGACGAGAAGAGAAACGACUUGCCAAGCAGAGAGAAUUAGAGAAACAAGAACGUCUGGAGCACAUGCAACGGCAGAACAGCCAUGCGGACGAACACUACCGACAAACCUUGCUGAGACACAAAGGUCUGGACCCAUGGAGGAGGCUAGUGAACAUGGCCAGACAGAACAUGCAGGUUUCUGAAGAUCACUAUAGCAACGUACUGUUGAGGAAGUGCCUGUUGCCAUGGAAACAAUAUGCAGCAGAAGUUAUGGAGGAGAAGGUUGCUAUGGCAGAGAGGCAGUAUGAGGUCACCCUGGUGAGAAGGGCUUUUCAGUCCUUGAAGAGGUAUGGCCACCUGCAGUCCAUUCAGCUUCAGAAAGCAAGGAGGCACUACGUUUACUCUCUCAAGGGGAAGGUGUUCCAAGCCUGGCAACAGCAUGUCACCGAUGACAAGCUCCGGAUGUGGAAGAACGAAGAAGUCGCUGAGGAGCACAAUGAGAUGUAAGCUUACUCAAGGCAA